CAGAUACCCCCGAACCAGAAGUCUCUCUUGCUCUGUCUCAAAUUGCAAUGACUACACAUUCAAAAGCUUCUGUGUCCCUCCCUCUUAACCUUCACUUUCUCUCCCUGAAAAAUUUAUUUUCUCUCUCUUAGGGUUUCUACUGCUUGGAGACCUCUCGGCUUAGAUUCAGUUGGAAAUUACUGGUCUGAUGAGAGUGUAGUUCAAAUACAAGGGCAAAGAAAGUUGUAGAAUAAAUUAUGGAUCAAUCAGAGCAAACACAACAGCAACGGUCGCAACAACAGCAGCAGCCUGUAAUGGGAGUGGUAGCUGGUGCAGUUCAGAUGUCCUAUACUAGUACCCCCUACCAAACUGCUGGAAUGAUGGCUUCUGGAACACCUGCCACAGCUGUGCCAUCCCCAACUCAGCCGCCAUCCACUUUCUCUAAUUCCACUCAUCAGCUUACCUACCAACAGUCCCAGCACUUCCACCAUCAACAGCAGCAGCAGCAGCUUCAAAUGUUCUGGGCCAACCAAAUGGAAGAAAUUGAGCAGACAACUGACUUCAAGAAUCACAGUCUCCCACUUGCUCGGAUUAAAAAAAUAAUGAAAGCCGAUGAAGACGUUCGAAUGAUUUCAGCCGAGGCUCCUGUUAUAUUUGCUAAGGCAUGUGAAAUGUUCAUCUUGGAGCUAACUCUGCGCUCUUGGAUUCACACAGAAGAGAACAAGAGGAGGACAUUACAAAAGAAUGAUAUUGCAGCUGCCAUUUCAAGGACUGAUGUUUUUGAUUUCUUGGUUGAUAUUAUUCCCAGAGAUGAAUUGAAAGAGGAGGGAUUAGGGGUCACUAAGGCUACUAUUCCGAUGGUUGGUUCUCCUGCAGAUAUUCCGUAUUAUUAUGUCCCACCGCAGCAUCCUGUUGGACCUCCAGGGAUGAUCAUGGGAAAGCCAAUUGAUCAAGCAGCAGUAUAUGGAUCCCAGCAGCCUCGACAACCUGUAGCAUUCAAGCCCUGGCCACAGACUCAACCACCACUAGAAGCUCAACAGCAACCAAGUGAUACUUGAUGAAGGGCCAGGUAAAUGGUAAGGUGGCUGGUAGAUUAUUAGCAGAGAGCUGGUCAUUGACAUUGAAUUAUUGUAGUGAAAUGGUAAGCGUGCUUUUGUAAUUGCCAAACUGAGUUGUUUAUGCUAGUCAAAUGCGAGGCAGCUGGAUCAUGUAUGGGCUUUUCUUGCUCUUAUUAUGAAAACCUUUAUGGUUAUGCAUUUCUUUUUCCUUUUGCCCUUUA